GCUGGUCACAUGCUGCUGUCAGUGAACCCCUUUAAGUCUCUGAACAUUUACAGCUUAGAAAUGGCUCAAAUUUAUCAAGACAUCAACAUUGUGGAGAGGCCCCCUCAUAUUUUUGCUGUGGCAGAGGAAGCAUUUAUACUCUCCCGGAACUCUGAACAUCCACCGAACAUCCUUCUCAGUGGACAUUCAGGUUCUGGUAAGACAGAGGCUGUCAAGCUAUUGUCCCAGUACCUUACUACUCCCCAGAGAAGACAAGGAGACAAGAUUUUACAGCUUCUGGAUUUUUUUAAGGUCUUGGAAAGUUUUGGACAUGCCAAAACUGUGUUGAAUAGAAAUUCCUCUCGAUUUGGGCAGAGUCUUCAGGUGUUUCUUCAAAGAGGUCUUAUGGUGGGCUGCUCAGUGUCUCACUAUCUACUGGAGAAGUCCCGUGUUGUGUUCCAGGCUCUGAGUGAGAGGGGAUUCCAUGUAUUUUAUGAACUUCUUCAGGGACUUCCUGAGAAUGAAAAGCAGUCAUUAUAUUUACAAGAGCCAGAGACAUAUUAUUAUCUUAAUCAGGGUCGAGCAUGUGAUCUUCCAGGAAAAAAUGACAAGAUCGACUUUGAAUUGCUUGGAAAAUGCCUCCGUGGUAUUGGCCUUACUGAUAGUCAGCUGACUUCCAUAUGGGCUAUUCUCAGCGCCAUUCUACAACUGGGCAACAUCUGCUUUACGUCUUUCCAAAGAGAUGCUUUUGGAUCAGCAGCUGGUUUUAGGAUAACUGAGAUCAGAAUUGUGGCAAGUCUUCUACAAAUUUCUCCUGAAGAACUUCAGAAAGCAAUUACACAGAGAGUUACCAUGACAUCUUAUGACCAGGUUCUUUCUCCUCUCACUGUGGAAGCCUCCAUUGAUAUUCGGGAUACAAUUGCACAGUCACUGUAUGCUCUUCUCUUUGACUGGCUUCUGGAGAAGGGAAAUGAUUGGCUCAGACCCAAGGAAACUGACAGCUCUUUUGGUAUUAUUGACAUCUGUGGCUUUGAGAAUUUGGGAGUUAACAGUUUAGAGCAGCUGUGCAGGAACUUUGCCAAUGAUCAGAUCCAGUGUCACAGCAUGGAGAGACUUAUGUCUCAGGAAAAGGCUGAAUAUGCCAAAGACGGCUUAUGCUGGAUCCCACUCUCCGAAGAGGGACAUCUUUCUUGUUUGGGACUUCUGACUGAUCGACCCCAUGGAAUUUUUCACAUUUUGGAGGAACAAACUGAGUUGCCACAGGCUACAGACCACACGUUCUUACAGAAGUGUCAUUAUCAUCACGGAGACAGUAACAUCUACAUCAAACCCAAAUUACCUCUACCAGUGUUCACAAUGCAACAUUACUCUGGACUUGUCACGUACCAGGUCCAUAACUUCUUGAGCAAAAACAAAGACAGACUUCCAACUGUUGCCAGAGAUGUCUUGGCUCAGAGUCGAUUGAGAGUAAUAAAGAUCUUUUGUUUCAUCAGUUCUGCUGUGUCUCAUGUUUCCAGUUCCUGUUUAUGCGAUAUUGUUAAAUUUCUCCCAUCCCUGUUUUCCAUCUGUCUGUUCUUUUUUUAAACUGCAGCAUUACUGAUUUCCCUAAAGUUCUCUUUGCAUGAAAGCAUGCUGCCAUUUGUGCACCACCAUGUCAUUUAGUGUACUACGUAUCUCUUGUUAUAUCUAUUUCUCCAGCUUCUCUCAGAUAUGUUCAAGAGAUCUCCUAAAAUAGAUCAGGCUCAGACAGGAAAGUCUAAAGGUAAAUGUCCAAGAUCUACACUAAUUGGGAGAUUUCAUCUGUGUCUACAGGACCUCAUUGGCCGACUUAAAAGGAGUCAUGUAUUGUUUGUUCGCUGCAUCACCCCCAAUUCAAAAAAG